GACCUUCUCAACCCAUUCACAGAGAUGCCCAAGAUGUCCACGAUGGCAUCAUCUAGAGCAUCAAACACUCCGCAGCUGAGGAAUGAUCCGGUCCAGCUGGAUGUAUCCGCCAACGUCGAGAGCAAUUCUCCAUCCCCAUCCAAGUCUCAAGGCCCGUACGCUUUGCGGCCCGGCGACUGUUUGAAAGGCAAAUUUCUCCAUGCCCCGUUCCAUUCCAAGCUCGAACAAGAAAAUAUCAUCGAGGAUGGCCGAAAGGUAUACGACGUCCCCUUCCUGCUCGUCAUGCCAGCGGGUCUCGACCGGACGAGCGACCGCGCCGGACACAGUUGUAGACCACUGCCGCCGUCUUUCAGGAACACACGCACGUCUUUUAGCAGUUGGAACCCUGUCAUACCUCCCAAUGUCUUCAUCACCUACGCCAUGUGCAUGUCGGUGACCUAUUCUGUCGCCGGUGACGAUGCAUCGAUGUCAACAAAAACCGCCGAGGCCACCAAGCUGCUGCACUUUCUUCCAUACAUUGAACUCCAACCCCCAAUCGAGAUUCAGUGCUUUCCCGACGAGUACAUCCUCUCGGCAAGGCAGCCCGUCUGGAAUUCCAUCAUCGGGCGCAAGCUUGGGCAUAUGACGAUCACGACCCUGGAGCCCAGGCCUCUUAUUUACCACACAGAUUCCUUGUCUUCCACGGAGUGCGAGUUCCGCAUCACCAUAGAGGGCGGCAGGCUUGUCGGCCCUCCGCCUAAGAGCCUGGUAACGGGGACGGGCCCUACUCGGCUUGACAACGAUGUUGUCAACCUGGAUAAACACUGCGCCUCUCAUUUAUUUUGGACGUCUGGCAUCGGACGCGCAAAUUCUCAGCAAGCUUCGGCACUUGAAACGAUGUCUUCCACCGUUCGUGUUAUCAUCAAGCCGCCCUUCAGGCUGCUACCGAACUUUUGCAGCGACUUUGUCGCCUUGCAAUAUUCCAUAGUCACUCGCGUUUGGGUCGGCAAAGUGUACGCGAGGCCUUUCUUUGUUGCAACGCCACUCCAAGUAGCACAUCCAUGUCCUGCCCGGCCGUCCCGGGGAGGAAUGGAUGCCGACUUGUUGGCGCCUUCACCAGAAUCACCAUGCGGUGAGGAAGUCUGUUGCUCAGCCUUUGCUGCAGAUAUUGAGAUAGACCACUCUCAGGCUCCACCACCAUAUGUCGAUCGGCGACAAGCCAGCGCAAGAUCAGGGUAGCACUUCUUUCCAUCUGGGUGCUUGAAAGCGAAACUACGAAUGAAGCUUUGAAUAUCGGCAGGCACUGUUGAACCUAUUACAUCGUAUGUGGGUGAUGUUACAAGACUCAUGACCACCUCCUAAAUCGGACAAAACCGGUAAUAAGCCGUUUUUGAGUCAAGGUAAAUCAAAGCAGACUCUCUAGGAGGCCUUACCGAGGGGUUACGAUAGGACUGUGUUCGUCGUACGGAGGUAUGCGGUUUCAAGAAUUGCCCAUCGGAAACAUCAUGCAAAGAAGCUACC